AUGACACAGCCACCACCAACGCUACCGCCCAGAUCAAGUGCUCAUGAUUCGCUAUCAUAUAUGUCGACGUUCACGACGUCAAUUUUGCCACUGGACUUGAAAUCGACAAAUAUGCCAGUAGCGUGGAAAAAUUGGUAUGCACAUUUUCAAAUAUUUCUUCGUGCUUCCAGCUUAGAUUCUCAGUCAGAUCAAAGAAAGGUGGCUCUACUCCUUCACCACAUGGGCCCAGAGUCUCUCGAAAUUUUUCAUUCAUUUGAUCUGAAUCUUGAUACAGUCAAAUUCGAUGAACUUGUAGAGAGGUUAAAAUCGUAUUUCUUGCCAAAAGUCAACAUUGCUAUGGAAAGGCACAAGUUCUUCACGAGGAACCAACGAGUUGGCGAAACAAUAGAUGAAUAUGUUACGGCACUUAAGAAUUUAAGUCUUUCCUGUGAAUUCGAUACCAUUCGAGAAGAUUUGGUAAGAGAUAUUUUUGUGUGCGGAUUAAAUAAUAAUUGGACCAACAUAAAAGAGCGCCUCUUGAAUGAAGGUAAUAUAAAACUUCAAAAAGCGCUUGAUAUUGCUAAAACGUUAGAAGUUACAAAAGACCAUACAAAACAAUUACAACAAUGUGAAUUAACUAACACAAUCAAUGUCAUAAAGCGGUUUCCCGCCAAAAAAAAUUCCAAUAGUCAGUCAAACAGUUUUCGCUCUAACAAAUACAGUCACACUCAAAAUACACAAAAAUCAAAACCAAAUGCCCAAUACAAUCAAAAUCCUAACAGUUAUUCAUCAAAUUCAACACAAAAAAAUUGCCCCCGCUGCGGAGAACACCACCGCUACCGAUGCCCUGCAAUUGGUGUAAAAUGUAAUACAUGCAAAAAACACAAUCACUUCUCAAAGAUGUGCCGUUUCAAUAAAACAACAAACUCUAAAAGUGCAUAUGUACGCAACGUAGAUGCUGAUGAAGGAGACGGCGAAGAUAAUGCUUUGUUUUUGGGAUCUUUAGAGCAAAGCAUAAAAACUCCAAAGAACAUAUGGAUAAUCUCACUGAAGACAAUGGGCCACGUCAUCGAUUGCCAAAUUGAUACCGGAGCACAAGCAAACGUUAUGUCGCUGUAUCAAUUCAAUCAAAUACGCUGCUCUUCUGUACAGUUAACAUCAUCAUCAACUCGGGUAAUGACAUUCAGUGGAGAACAACUAGCUUAUUCUAAAAAUGUAUUAGAUAUAAAUUCUUCAAAGAGUGUUAGUUGCAAAUCAAUUUUAGAAAAUUAUAGUGAAGUGUUUAGUGGUCUAGGGUUAUUAAAAAAUAAAUGUCAUUUGAAACUCCAAACAAAUAUAACUCCUACAAUCGAUUGCCCGCGUAAAAUUCCGUUUGCUCUAAAAGAUUUGCUUAAAGAAGAAUUAGACCGUAUGGAAAAUUUAAAAGUGAUUCUUAAAGUCGAAGAACCUACAGAGUGGGUCAAUUCAAUAGUUUUAGUCAAAAAAGCAAAUGGAAAAUUAAGAAUUUGUCUUGACCCAAGAAAUUUAAACAAAGCCAUUCUCAGAGCACAUUUUGUUUUUCCAAAUAUUGACGAGAUAAAAUCCAAAUUAAGUGGUUCAAAAUAUUUCAGCACGCUAGAUGCGAAUUCAGGAUUCUGGGUUAUUCCAUUAGAUGACGAGUCUUCCAAAUUGUGUACAUUUAUUACUCCAUUUGGAAGAUAUCGUUUCUUACGUCUUCCUUUUGGAAUCAACGCAGCACCCGAAAUCUUUCAUGCUGAAAUGAUUAAACAUUUUAGUGAUAUAGAUGGUGUUGAAAUAUACAUUGAUGAUUUUUUUUUGCAUGCCGCUACGUUAGAAGAACAUAAUAUAAUUUUACAAAAAGUUUUACAAAGAGCUCGAGAGAUUGGUCUGAAAUUCAAUAAAGAAAAAUCUAAAAUCUGUUUAAAUGAGGUCAAGUUUAUUGGCUAUAUUUUUAAUCAGCAUGGUGUCCGUCCAGAUGACUCAAAAGUCAAAGCCAUUUGUGAAAUGUCCCGUCCUACGUCCGUCUCUGAAUUACAAAGAUUUCUAGGCAUGGUUACUUAUUUAGGUAGUUUUGUAAAAGACUUGUCAGUUCAAAAUAUUAAUCUUCGUCAACUUUUAAAGAAAGAGGUAGCAUGGCAUUGGACUGAUGCACAUGAAAAAGAAUUUAACAUGCUUAAAACUCUUAUAUCUACUGCUCCAAUUUUAACCUUUUAUGACCCUAACAAAAUUAUAACACUCUCAGUCGAUGCGUCAAAAGGUGCGGUAGGUGCAGUAAUAUCGCACGAUAAUAGCCCAAUCGCUUAUGCUUCAGCAACUCUGACAUCGAGUCAACAAAAUUAUGCUCAAAUUGAGAAAGAGCUAUUUGCCAUUCUAUUUGGGUGUAUCAAAUUCCAUCAAUAUAUUUAUGGAAAGCGUGUCAUUGUCGAGACUGAUCAUAAACCGCUCGUUCCAUUGUUUACAAGAGCAUUAUAUAAAGUCCCCGCUCGUCUUCAAAGAUUUAUGCUUCGUUUACAGUCUUAUGAUUUGCAGGUAGUUUACAAGCCUGGAAAAUAUAUGUACACCGCUGACACACUUUCCAGAGCGCCAUUGUCAGAAAAAACACUAACUGAGUUUGACAAUGAUUUAACACUUCAUUGCAAUUUAUUGAUUUCAAUGUUGUCUGUUUCGCAAGAAAGGUUACAAAAAAUCAAAGAAGCUAGCAAUAAUGACGAUAUUUUUUCAAAGGUUAAAAAAUACAUAAAAAUCGGUUGGCCAAAUGAUAAAAAAUCUGUUAUUAAAGAAUGCAUGCCUUAUUAUAAGAUCAAAGACGAGUUGCAUGUCAUUGAUGAUAUUUUGUUAAAGUCCAAUCGUAUAGUUAUUUCAUCUUCAAUGAGAAAAGAAGUUUUGAAACUUAUUCAUGAAGGACACUUAGGUAUUCAAAGAUGUCAAGGUCUCGCAAAAGACAUCGUUUUCUGGCCAAAUAUUAACAAUGAUAUUCAAAACAUUGUAACCGAUUGUGAAACAUGCAUGCGCCAUCGUUCAUCUCAGCCCAAAGAACCUUUACAACCGCAUGAAAUUCAACCAAUUCCCUGGUACAAAGUUGGUACAGAUUUGUUUGAAUUUAACAAGCAAAUAUAUUUGCUUGUGGUUGACUAUUGGUCAAAAUACAUAGAAAUUGAGAACUUAAACUCUGGUUAUAGCAGUCAAUUCGUCAUAAGCAAGCUCAAAGCCAUUUUUGCCCGUCAUGGGAUUCCUCAAAUAAUGAUUUCAGAUAACGGUCCUCCCUAUAACUCUGAACAUUUCAAAAACUUUUGUCAUGAUUGGCAAAUCGAGCACAUUACUUCAAGUCCUUAUCUUCCACGUUCUAAUGGUUUAGCGGAACGCUCAAUACAAACCAUUAAAAAACUUUUGAUAAAGUGUAAAGAAUCAGGUACAGAUCCGUAUGUAUCUUUGUUACAUUAUAGAACAAUUUCCAAAGGCAACCUUCCUUCACCCUCAGAACUUCUUAUGUCGCGAAAGCUUCGAACCAAAAUACCUGCAAUGUCAGAAAAUUAUCUUCCAAAAUCAAUAGACUGUCAAGAAGUCGAAAAAGAAUUAAAAAAUAAUAAUGAAAAAUCAAAAGCUUUAUACGAUAAAACGUCUAAAUCUCUAAAACCAUUAAAUAAAGGACAAAAAGUACACUAUAAGAAAACUCCUACGUCGUAUUGGACUCCUGGUAUAGUUAUAAAUAAAUGCCAAGAGCCUAAGUCUUAUAUUAUUGAAGAUAACCAAGAUGCAUUCGAUGAUCCUAACACUACUCCUUCAGUAAAUGUAAAUGUACAAUCGAACGGACCUUCGGGAUCUUGUAUUGCUAACAUAGAUCAUACUCUUGAUUUGAAUAGAUUAAAACGUUCUAUUUGGGAAGACUCAGAUGAUUCAAUUGAAGAUCCGGAUUAUCAAACAAGUUCUUGUGAUGAUGAAAGUAUGGAGCAUUGGGUGGAUCCUGAUUAUGUUGCCGAAAAUAGUAGUGAUUCAGAAAAUGAAAAUGUCCUUGUCACUGCUGGUGGUACAGAGACAGACGGAGUGAAUCAAGAAAAAAUUGUAACAAUAAAUAUUGUAGAAGUGGAAAAGACCAACCCAGGACAGGCUGCGGAGUCCGACGAUGAUUGCGGAAGAUUGAAGCUGAAUAGAAAGGGGCUGUCAGCCAAAGAAAAACAACGUAAAAGAAGAGAAAACGAAUAA